AUUUAUCCGCCGCUGUCCCCCGCUCUGCCACGUCUCUGCCACAGUGCCACGUCAAUGCAGCCAUCACCGGAGAAGACGACCGUGCCAACCCGCCGCGAGCCCCGGCCCCGGCGCCCAUGCCUCCUUCUCCCUCACGCCACUCCCACUCCCACCGACGCAGCCUACUCCCCAAUCCUAGCCUCCUCGCCUCGCCCUCGCUGUAGCCGGCGCCGCCAUGGCCGCGGCCGCGGCCGCCGCCGCCUUCCUCCUCCUCGUCGUCCCCACCUUCCUCUCCGCCGCCGCGUCGCCGCACAUCUCCGCCGUCAUCUCCCAGUCCGGCCUCGACUUCGUCAAGGACCUGCUGGUGUCCCGCGCCGCGGAGGCCAUCGCGCCCCUGGAGGUGCCCGACAUCGAGAGGUCCGUGAGCAUCCCGGUCAUCGGCACCGUGGACAUGGUCGCCUCCGGCAUCGUCCUCGACGGCCUGGAGGUCGCUGACUCCACCGCCGCCGUCGGGGAUGACGGGAUCGUGGUGGCCGCCUCUCUGUCCAGCGUUAAUCUGACUAUGCGGUGGAGUUACUCGUACAGCGCCUGGAUCGUUACGAUCUCUGACAGCGGUAAUGCCUCGAUUCAGGUUGACGGGAUGGAUGUUGGGAUUUCCAUGGGGAUAAAGAAUCAAAAUGGAUCUCUCAAGCUGUUUGUUAUAGAAUGUGGCUGUAAUAUGAGCAGCUUGGACAUAUCACUGAACGGAGGAGCAUCUUGGCUUUAUCAGGGGUUUGUAGAUGGUUUCAGCAAUCAUAUCAGAUCAUCGGUACAAAAUGCAAUCACAAGCAAAAUAAUGGAGGGUGCAUCAAAGCUUGACUCGUUCCUUGGAAGCCUUCCAAAGAAAAUUGAUGUUGAUAGCGUCGCUGCUAUGAAUGUGACAUUUGUUAAUGAUCCACUCUUCAAAAGUUCCUCUGUUGAGUUUGAUAUAGAUGGACUGUUUAUUCCAUCUGGUAAAACUGCACUUCUAAGACACAGGCAUUUUGGAAGUGCCAAAUAUGUACCGCCUCUUGGUAGCAGUUCAAAAAUGCUAUGGAUUUCAUUGGAUGAAGAUGUUUUCAACUCUGCUUCAGCUCUCUAUUUCAAGGCUGGUUUACUACAACGUAUGGUGGAUAAAAUUCCUGAGCAGCUCCUCCUGAACACUGCCACUUGGAGGUUUUUGAUUCCAAGGUUGUAUCAACAAUACCCCAACGAUGGUAUGCUGCUGAAUAUUUCUGCUACUUCACCUCCCUCUGUGAGGAUUAAUGUGGGCAGGAUUGAUGCCACAGUUGAUUUAGAUGUCACAGUUAAUGUUUUGGACUUUGAUGAGAUAGUUCCAGUGGCGUGCAUAUCAGUGUCAGUAGCUGUUUCCGGAGCUGCAGUGGUUUCUGGGAACAAUCUUGCUGGAAGAGUUGAGUUAGAUUAUUUCUCAUUCACAUUGAAGUGGAGUGAAGUUGGCAAACUCCAUACCUUCAUGAUUCAGAGCGUGAUGCAGAUCUUGUUGAAAAGAUUGUUUGUACCCUAUGUGAAUUCGUAUCUCACACGAGGCUUCCCAUUGCCAAUCAUCAAGGGGUUCUCCAUCAGAGAUGCUUACAUCCUCACUUCCCAGUCAAGAAUAAUUGUUAGCUCUGAUGUUGCCUUCAUCGGAGGCCAUACUUCCUACCAAAGCCAAUGAAAGCAUCUGGCAAGAAGUAUGCUUGCUGUUCAAUAAUCAGAACAUUGGCAAUCGGCAUGAAACACUAGUGUUACUUCCUCGACAUGUUAGCAACUUAGCAUUAUUUCAUUCUGCUCUAUACCCUUUUUUCCUGUGUAGAUAACUGUAUAAAUUGUACAUACUUCAUCCACAGGAGCCAUAGAACUAUAGACAUAGUAGGUUGUUAGUUUGAACUACUAGCCUUAGAAUGGGAAAAUGAUGGGUGGUUGUGAUGUACCCACAAUUCCUCCAAAUAAACUGCCGAUAUACUUGUACACGCAACGAAUUUGCUGUCUUCAACCAUAAUAUGGGUAUGAUACCAUUGUGGCACAAUCGAUUCUUGAUUUAUUGUAGUGGUAAGAUGUAGUAAUGUCACUGCGAUCUGCAUCACUGCAUGUCUGAAUGUGUAAACACAAACUGAUCCGUGUGACUUUGUCUCCAUGCAAU